CUCUCUAUAAAUACCAAUGAAACAUCCUUACUCUCACUACAAUUGGAUUACAUUACCACAACGGUCCCACCAUUUUCUCCGGCCCCAGCCAUGAAUUCUAGUAAAAAUGGGUCCCCAGCUCUGUCCAAGAGGGUCUUACAAGCUAUAACAUGCAAAGCGGCUGUAUGCUGGGGAAUUGAGCAGCCUCUAAAAAUAGAAGAGAUCCAAGUAGACGCACCUGGUCCAUCAGAAGUUCGGGUCAAGAUGCUGUCUGCAAGCCUCUGCCACACAGACAUCCUAUACUGGAAAGGCUUCCAUAUUCCAACGUUUCCCAGAGUGUUAGGACAUGAAGGCGUUGGUGUGGUGGAGAGUGUGGGCGAAGGAGUGACAGAAUUCAAAGAAGGGGAAAUGGUCAUCCCAACCUACAUUGGAGAGUGCAAGGAGUGCAACAACUGCCGAUCUGAGAUGACCAACUUGUGCGAGAAGUACCCCUUCACAUUGGACGGUAGAAUGCCGGAUGGCACGACGAGAAUGUCAGUUAAAGGGCAAAGGCUCUACCACCUGAUCAGCUGCUCCACAUGGUCCGAGUAUACGGUUAUGAAUGUUAAUUACGUUGUGAAGAUUGAUCCAAGGGUGCCUCUACCACAUGCCAGCCUCAUCUCCUGCGGCUUCUCAACCGGAUUCGGCGGAGCAUGGAGGGAGGCCCGGGUCAGGAAGGGAUCCAGCGUUGCUGUUUUUGGGCUCGGAGGAGUUGGACUAGGGGCGGUGCAGGGAGCACGAAUGUGUGGAGCAACCAAAAUAAUAGGCGUGGAUUUGAACGAAAGGAAGAGAGAGAAAGGGUUAGCUUUUGGGAUGACGGACUUUAUUAACCCUAAAAAAAUAGAAAAAUCUGUAUCCGAAGCUAUCAGGGAAAUGACUGACGGUGCUGGCGUCGACUACAGCUUCGAAUGUACGGGCGUGCCUCCCUUAAUUAAUGAAGCCCUUGAUUCCACCAAAAUGGGACGAGGAGUGGUGAUUGUGAUAGGUGCAAGCACGGAGCUGACGCUGCCCGUUAAUUUCCUCUCCCUCCUAUCAGGCAGAACGCUGAAAGGUUCCAUCUACGGUGGCAUCCGACCUCACUCUGAUCUACCCCAUGUCAUUCACAAAUGCAUAAAUAAGGAAAUCCAGCUGGACAAGCUUGUAACACAUGAAGUCCGACUGGAUGAUAUAAACCGUGCAUUCGAGCUAACGGAGCAACCAGAUUGUCUCAAAGUCAUUAUAAAGAUGACUGAUACUGAGUAGGAUGGUAGAUCAAACGUUAUAGAAUAUUCACUCGUAUUUGGUGCUUGUUUGAGUGUACUGGAUUAUAUAUGUUACAUUAUGAAUAAUGAACUCCUCCAACUCAGCCCUGACCUGUGCUCAUGUCAUGCUGAUGCACUGUUUC